CCCGGGAGAGAUCGAGCGGAGAGGCAGCUUUCUGGGUGUUUUCUUUUUGCGAAGAUGGCGGUAGAUCUCGCUGACUGGGAGGUAUCCCUAGAACUCUUGGAGGUGGAGGAGAAGCCGGCGGUUCCUCUUUCGGUCAACUACGGGUCGGUGGAGAUCGAUGAGCUGGGCAAAGUCCUCACUCCCACCCAGGUCAAGAAUCGCCCGACGAAGAUUGACUGGGAGAACUGCAGUGCAGAAAAGCUCUACACUUUGGUCCUUACUGACCCUGAUGCACCGAGCAGGAAAAACCCAAAGUUUAGGGAGUGGCACCACUUCCUAGUGGUCAAUAUGAAAGGCAAUGACAUCAGCAGCGGCACUGUCUUGUCGGACUACGUGGGAUCUGGACCACCUAAAGGAACAGGGCUCCAUCGCUACGUGUGGCUGGUCUACGAGCAAGCCCAGGAGUUGGAAUGCAACGAGCCCAUCCUCAGCAACCGGUCCGGGGAUAAACGGGGCUGUUUCAAAGUGGAAAAUUUCCGCAAGAAGUAUAAGCUGGGGGCCCCCGUGGCAGGAACAUGCUACCAGGCCGAGUGGGACAACUAUGUGCCGUUGCUCUACGAUCAGCUGUCUGGGAAAUAAAACCCGCCUCUUCCAGGCCCCCCACCCUCCCCCUGCUCCGAUUUCUUCUCCUACAACGGAGAUCUUCAGCCCUCUACAACUCCCAUCAUCCCUGACCAUUGGCUAACCUGGCUGGGGCUGAUAGGAGUUGUAUUCCAGGAGGGG